AUGGAGGAUUUAGAUGCUUUGCUGACAGAACUGGAGCAGAGCACUUCUCCAGCCUCCAAGGGCUGCACGCUGCCAGUGCCAAGCUCCUCUCCGUACCAGGGGCAGCUGGACAAGAUCCUGGCUGACCUGGAACACGUAGAGAGCAAGCUAAUGACUGUAGGGCAGAGAGACAGGAUGCCAGCAAAGCCCGAUCGCUCGCUGGAUAACAUGCUGGACAGCCUCACCCAGGACCUGCAGGAGCUGGGCAUCACAGCCACCCCCACUGGCAUCUGUGCUGCGUGCCACAAGCCCAUUGCUGGCAAGGUGAGCCCUAGAGCCUCCACUGGUGACCCCUUGCCCUCAGCUCACAGCAUUCCCAGAGCUGCUCUCACCUCUGUACAGGUGCUCACAGCUCUGGGCAAAACCUGGCACCCCGAACACUUCACCUGUGCCUGCUGCAGGCAGAAGCUGGGUGGCCGACCCUUCUUUGAGCGAGGCGGGUUGGCAUACUGCGAGGAGGACUACCUCCAGGCCUUCUGCCCCCGCUGCGCCUACUGUAAAGUCCUCACAGCCCUGGACCAGACCUGGCAUCCCGAGCACUUCUUCUGUGCCCACUGCGGGAAAGCAUUCGGAGAUGACGGUUUCCUCAAGCACAGUGGGAAGCCGUACUGCCGCCAGGACUUCCUGGCCAUGUUUGCCCCGAAAUGCCAGGGCUGCAAGCGUCCCGUGAUGGACAAUUACCUGUCAGCUCUGCAGGGCGUCUGGCAUCCCGAGUGCUUCGUGUGCGCAGUCCCCGAGGCCGUGCGAGCCUUCGAGCACUUCACCUGCACCUACUGCCUGGGCCAGCUGCAGAAAGGCACCUUCCGCGAGCACGGCAACAAGAUGUACUGCCAGUCCUGCCACAGCAAGCUCUUCCUCUGA